UCUGAGCGAGCCGGAAGUUGUCAGUUAGCAUACCUAGGCUACGUCUGCUUAGUGAGUGUGUGUGUGAGUGUGUGUGUUCAGGUGUGAAGAUGUUACCUUUAUCUAUUAAAGACGAUGAGUACAAACCCGCCAAGUUUAACCUGCUGGUGAAGCUCUCCGGCUGGUUCAGGUCGAUCCUGGCGGAUAAAACCUCCAGGAACCUGUUCUCCUUCCUCUGCCUCAACCUGUCCUUCGCCUUCGUGGAGCUCAUGUACGGCAUCUGGAGCAACAGUCUAGGUCUGAUCUCAGACUCCUUCCACAUGUUCUUCGACUGCACCGCUCUGCUGGCAGGUCUGGCAGCCUCCGUCAUCUCCAAGUGGAGAUCCAACGACAGCUUCUCCUAUGGGUAUGUGAGAGCAGAGGUGUUGGCGGGAUUCGUCAACGGACUCUUCCUCAUCUUCACAGCCUUCUUCAUCUUCUCUGAGGGAGUCGAGAGGGCUCUGGAGCCUCCUGACGUUCACCAUGAGCGGCUGCUUCCUGUCUCUGUGGCCGGUCUGCUGGUGAACCUGGUCGGGAUCUUUGUUUUCCAGCAUGGAGGACAUGGACAUUCUCACGGAGAGGAAGGCCACGGUCACAGUCACUCUCUUUUUAACGGCAGUCUGAAUCACGGACACAGUCACGGAGGACACAACCACCAGAGCAAACAUGGAGGACACGGACACAGCCAUGACAGUCAUGACAGUCAUGGACACAGUCAUGGAGGACACGGACACGGAGGACACGGACACAGCCACGAGGAACCACACUGUCACGAUGAGCUGUUCCUUACUCCGGGGAAAGGUUCAAGUAAACAGAUCCUUCAGGGCGUCCUCCUCCACAUCAUCGCUGACACUCUGGGCAGUAUCGGUGUGAUCAUCUCUGCUCUGCUGAUGCAGAAAUACGACCUGAUGAUCGCUGAUCCCAUCUGCUCCAUGCUGAUCGCCAUCCUCAUCGGAGUCAGCGUGGUGCCUUUACUGAAGGAGUCCAUCGGGAUCCUGAUGCAGAGAACUCCUCCCUCACUGGACCAUGCCCUGCCAGAGUGUUACCAGAGGGUGCAGCAGCUGCAGGGAGUGUACAACCUGCAGGAGCCUCACUUCUGGACUCUGUGUACUGACGUUUACAUCGGAACUUUAAAGCUGCUGGUCGCCCCCGACGCUGACACCCGCUGGAUCCUCAGCCAGACUCACCACAUCUUCACACAGGCCGGCAUUCGACAGCUCUACGUUCAGAUCGACGUGGCGGCAAUGUAGACGCUCCUGCUCCUCUCGACACUUGGGACCAAUCACAUUUCAGUCUGCUGCUGCAGGUGACCCCUGACCCCCCCCUCCCCUGCGAGUCACUGAAGACAGACUGUGACCAGAAUUUUAGGUGGGGGGGGGGGUGUCACUGUGAACUGUGACCAGAUGAACUCGAACAGCCCCUCCCCUACCAGUUUUUAUGUUAAUAUACCUGUCUGUGUUGGUGGGCAGUGCCCCCCCCCCCCGGGACAGAGCAUUCUUGCUAAGUGCCUUCAUCAUGAAUCAGAGACAAUCUGAGGCCACGCCCCUUCUGUGACAUCACUGCUGGGACCAGACUGCUGCCAGCUGAUUGGUCCGUGGUGAGUGUGUGUGUGAUGUCACUCCAUGUUUUUAACGUGCCAAACCAUGUGACCAGACCAUGUGACCGGUCGGAAGGUUUCAGUCUUUUUUCAACUGUAAUAAAUGAUUCAGUUUCUCUGA